AUGUCUACCUUAAGUGUCCUACGCUCUCUGGAGUCACUAUGGAUUACUGUCCUCGAUCCAUUCUCCCCCGCAUGCCAUGUUCUAUCUCCUCCCAAAACACAAGUCCUCAUGUCCUUCCCCGACGAGUUGCUCUGGGAGAUUUUCGCGCACUGCAUGGACCCCCACAUGUCGACCUUCAGCGACGAUAACCACCUGUGGACGAUGAUGAAAGUCUGUAGGCGUUGGCGGACGGUUAUAUUGAACGCGCCGCAAUUCUGGCGACAUAUCAGCUUCAGUGACUGGCGCGAAGACAACCAGAUAACAUUCUCGAAAUCGGCUGCGGUUAGACGGACGAAACAGCAAGUAAUGCGCUCUGGAGAGGUCCCAUUGACGCUCAACCUGAUGCCCAUAUCUGUCUUGGCAGACUCCAACGAGGUUUUGGAUGUUUUAUUCGACGCCGCCCCACGACUGGAGUCUGCCGUUCUCACAUUCAACAACCAUCUUUUGGAGCGAUUCAACCAACACGCGGACUCUUUCACCUCAUUGUGGAAACUGGGAUUGGCCUUGAUUGACGAGCCGGGAGAUGCAGAGAAGGAGGCCACCAAGAGUUUCCUCGAUGGAUUGGAAAUGCUCACACAUCUCCACCUGAGCAAUCAGGUUGAGAUAGAUUGGGUGGCUACUCUCGUUCCCGUGGAGUCACUUUGGAACCGACUGAAAGUCUGCGAACUCAACGAAUGCAUGGUUGACGACGUGCUUCUCAUCCUGCCUUAUUUCCCUCCCGGCUCGCGUAUCGCUCUUAUCCAGGGAAAAUAUAUGCGUGGAGCCCCCGACUCUUUGGUUGCUGUUUCGCAUUCCAAUAUCCAUGCCCUGUCUUUCGACAGAUGUGAUGACGACUACAUCGCUCGUAUUCUGGACAAUGUCACGGCUCCCUCAUUGAAACGGUUAGCCGUUUGGUACUUCGAAACACCACCUUAUAAACAAAUCUUCGACAUGUUGCAACGUUCAUCAGCAUCGCUCACCCAUUUUGCUGUUCGUCUGCUUUCUGUCGGCCUCUACCGUCAGCGGACAGCACCUGUCUCUGACCUCACCGACCUCUUGGAGUUCUUCACCUCGGAACAUCUCCGUGACCUGCUCGACCUCGACCUCAUCCUCGCCAGUCGGUUUGCGCCAGCCUCAGUCCAACUUGUCCAUGCCCUGUCGCUCGAUUCCGGCAAACUCGGCUAUUCCGAACUCCGCCUUGGGGAGAGAUUGCUCCCCAAACUCCAGUCACUUGCGUUGCGCGGCUAUGACGACGAAGAUCCGCACUGGGAAACGCGUUUGAUGGCGCUGGCGGAGAGCCGAGAGGGCGUGCUCAAGUCGAUUUGGUUAGGGGAGACGUUACCGGCGCCGACGAAGCGAACCCUGCAGAAAUUAAGUUCCCAUGGCGUUGAGUUUGUUUGUUCAUGGGACAUGGGAGCUUGGUGA